AUGUCAGAAAAACUCUGUGAUACUAAAACACAUUAUUUGUAUAAUGCUUUUAUUUACACGGGAAAGUCAGAUUCCAACCAAAGAAACCAAGUUGCUAUUCCAACACAAAAUGUGCUACAGUUGGCAGCGCCGUUAUUUGGAACAAACAGGAAUAUAACUGUUGACAAUUGGUUUUCUUCAAUUGAACUGGUUGACAAACUUAUCGAAAAGGGCGUGACUUAUGUUGGGACAGUGCGCAAAAAUAAAAGAGAGAUACCACCUGAUUUUUUACCUAAUCGACAGAGGGAGAUAGGCUCGACAUUGUUUGGAUUCGUGAAAGAUAAAACUUUGGCAUCAUAUGCCCCAAAAAAUAAUCAAAGCGUAGUAAUGAUCUCAUCAAUGCGUCACGACAAAUCGAUCAAUGAAGUAAGUGGAAAACCAGAAAUAAUUGAAUUUUAUAAUAGCACGAAAGGUGGCUGCUUUAGAUAA